AUGUCUUUCAUGCAGGAAUUCGCGUCAUGGAUGUCUCCCACAUCGCUGACCCUGUCCAACCCACCAAAAGCUGGAGACCCAGCCCCGAGCACCGACCAACUCACAUUUCCCAGGGAUGGCGGUAAACCCGCUGUAAUCGCAUUCCUGCGGCACUGCGGGUGUCCAUUCGCCGAAAAAACCUUCAUCACCCUCCGCGACGCAGCGUCCAAGCAUCCCGAGAUCGCCUUUAUCGCCGUCUCUCACUCGUCCGAAUCACACACGACAAAAUGGCUGUCCGAAGUCGGCGGUCCCGGCGAUAAGAACCCGGUUCAAGUCAUCACCAACGAAGAACGCAACGUGUAUGCCAAAUGGGGACUCGGCGCGUCGAGUUUCGCGCACGUGCUAAGCCCCAGCGCGCUAUCCGACGUCUUCAAGCUUUCUCGGGAAGAGGGCAUCGCCAACAGGCCGACCGAGAGCGGGAGCAGGUGGCAGACUUCUGGAGCCUGGGCUGUUGAUGGCAAGGGCCAGGUCACUUGGGGCGGUCCAGCCACGACUGCCUCUGAGAUUCCCAAUGUUGAGAAGGCUCUGGCAACACUCCAGUAA